GGUUUGGGGCUGUGCGGCGGCAGCCGGAGCGGUUUGAGACGCGCACGGGGCGAAGAUGGCGGCGGAGCGACAGGACGCGCUGAGGGAGUUCGUGGCGGUGACGGGCACCGAAGAGGACCGGGCCCGCUUCUUCCUCGAGUCCGCCGGCUGGGACCUGCAGAUCGCGCUAGCGAGCUUUUACGAGGACGGAGGGGAUGAAGACAUUGUGACCAUUUCGCAGGCAACCCCCAGUUCAGUGUCCAGAGGCACAGCCCCCAGUGAUAAUAGGGUGACAUCUUUCAGAGACCUCAUUCAUGACCAAGAUGAGGAGGAGGAGGAGGAGGAAGGACAGAGGUUUUAUGCUGGGGGCUCAGAGAGAAGUGGACAGCAGAUUGUUGGCCCUCCCCGGAAGAGAAGUCCCAACGAGCUGGUGGAUGAUCUCUUUAAAGGUGCCAAGGAGCAUGGAGCUGUAGCUGUGGAACGAGUGACCAAGAGCCCGGGAGAGACCAGUAAACCUAGACCAUUUGCAGGUGGUGGCUACCGCCUUGGGGCAGCACCGGAAGAAGAGUCUGCCUAUGUGGCAGGGGAAAGGAGGCGGCACUCCAGCCAAGACGUUCAUGUAGUGCUGAAGCUCUGGAAAAGUGGAUUCAGCCUGGACAAUGGUGAACUCAGAAGCUACCAAGACCCAGCCAAUGCCCAGUUUCUGGAGUCUAUCCGCAGAGGGGAGGUGCCAGCUGAGCUGCGGAGGUUAGCGCAUGGUGGGCAGGUGAACUUGGAUAUGGAGGACCAUCGGGACGAGGACUUCGUGAAGCCCAAGGGAGCCUUCAAAGCCUUCACUGGUGAGGGCCAGAAACUAGGCAGCACGGCCCCCCAGUUGUUGAACACGAGCUCCCCAGCCCAGCAGGCAGAAAAUGAAGCCAAAGCCAGCUCCUCCAUCCUGAUCGACGAGUCAGAGCCGACCACAAACAUCCAGAUCAGGCUUGCUGAUGGCGGGAGGCUGGUGCAGAAGUUCAACCACAGCCACAGGAUCAGCGACAUCCGACUCUUCAUCGUGGACGCCCGGCCAGCCAUGGCUGCCACCAGCUUUGUCCUCAUGACUACCUUCCCAAACAAAGAGCUGGAUGACGAGAACCAGACCCUAAAGGAAGCCAACCUGCUCAACGCCGUCAUUGUGCAGCGGUUAACAUAACCACCUGGCCGCUGCCUCAUACCCUCCUGUGUCUCCACGCUGCAGCCCUGCCCCGUGGGGAUCAGCCCUCCUGUCCCUGUGCACACCCAGCGGUCCAGUGCCACGUCUCCUCCGUUGCUCUGGGUCCUUAGAUCUCAGUUGGACAUUUGUUUUCUUCUUAGUUGCAUUUCCUGGGUUUUUGUGACGAUCAAUGAACUUUAAAGAAAAAAAAAAUAAAAACAACCAAAAAAAUUGAAGAAAUAUCACCAGCAUGUUGUAUGGAAACUCACACUGAAGUAGACUUUGAUUGUUAUAAAAUCUUAUCUUGGCUUGGUGGUGGGGGGACUUUCCUUCCAUCCUCCAUGAAAAUUGCUGUGGCAUACAACACAUCCACAUCUCUCCCGCCACCUGAGAGGUGACCAGAGGAUUUCCCCCUCUACAGGGAUGGAAGGGGCUUUGCAGCUGCUUGCUUCCACAAGAGUGUAUCAUUUGUCACAACUGCUACACAAAAGGCCCCUGAGGGAUGAGGCCUGGGCUGUGGACACUCCCUCCUUCAGGAGAAAGAAUUUUGCGCUGUGUGCCCUUCUCUCAGCCCUGGGAGUCCACUCCCCCACCCUGACCAGCUAAGCUUCUGCUCCUGCCCCAGGCCUUUGCCCCCUGCCACCCAGGUUGCUCCCUGGUGAUUCUCAGUUGUGUCAUGCUUUGUGUGCUCCAUGUGCACACGUCUGUACAGUGAGGGGGGGGGGGGCAUUUUUCCUUUGGAUACAAUUCAUGCCAACCCAAGUAAGUGCAGUCCCGGUAUGUUGGCCUAAGAAGCAGAGUCAGAAUGGCACUGAGCUUUUCACUAACUCUGUGUGGCCAAUCAAGGGUUGAAAGGUGGCUGUCCUGGACUACAAGCACCCUUUGCCAUGUUGGUGUUCUUUUUAGUUUUAUGACUGGGCUGAGGAUGGAGCCCAGGGUCUUACGCAUGCCAGGCAAGUGUUAAAUGUCCCUAACCCCCAUGUUGGUUUGCAAGAGUCUUCAGUGAGCAAAUCUUGAGGACAAGUGUAACAUCAGCACGUGACUGGGCUGCGGGUCUCACCCACAGUGAUCAUCUGCCCUGCUGACCUCCGACUUGCAGCAACUUGGGCAAUGGUUGUGGCCUGGUGAAGGUCCUCCACCCCGUCACUUUGCUUCCUCACCAGUGUGGGGAGGAGGGACACCUGGUCUUGGGUGGGACCUUUUUCCACUGACUGAAUCUGCCAGCCUUGUCAUAAUGUGCCUCCCUCCCCCUCCACAGCAGUCAAUAUCAGUCACUGGCACUUUCCUGCUUGGCCCCUUCCCUGCACCAGGAACCAGCAUUAACCACAGGAAGGGAGGCAGAGGAGCUUCUGGAAAGACCCAGAUUCUCAGAGCUGCAGAGGGCUCAUGGUUUCAACCAAGGGUCCUGAAAAAGGAACUUGGUUUGGUGCUUCCCAUCCCAAAUCUCCCAAACACAGUGGCCUCCCCAGGCUACAGCAUCUACCGUGAUGUUCUCUCUAGUGGCGAAGGUAACUGCAAAUCUGGAAACAUGAAAAUUACUGUCACCUUGACCAUUAAAAUCCAGAAUGAGGA